AUGAUGCGGCCGAUAUCUCUCAAAGCUGUAAGUCUGUGAUAUCGGCUGUUACGUAUCACUUUUCAUUAUGGGCAUCCGCCCAUUCUUUACUGUUGCAUUGGUUACGCUAAAAUACCAGUCGCUUAAAGCAAAGCGCAAGUUGUUUUCAUUUAAAAAGCGAUACGUAUCAACUGUGGAAUAUGAGGAAAGUACAAAUAAUACAUGGCGGUUCAUAAAGGUCCACUUUGCUUUAAACUAUUUUUUAAAAGUGGCAACCUAAGCUUCAUAGGAGGAUCUAAGUGGUCAUCCAUUGAAAAAAGGCAUGUAAUGAUAUAAAAGAGAAUGAACAUGAACCUCACGGACAUCGGAACAGGCGAAUCGACCAAUAACGACUAUGUUAACACCGGAGUCAGAGUUGCAUUAAUUUUUCCAAUUUGUUUUGGAAACAGUUUAGUGAUCGCCGCCAUACGGCGGACGUCCUCUCUGAGGAACCCUGCUCAUUACCUUGUCAUGCAUCUGGCGAUUGCUGACAUGAUCGUAGGCCUACUGGUGCUAGUAUAUAUUCCGUUGAAAGUGCAGAAUGCUUUGGACACAUACGUAUACGUGUGUGUUUUCAGUUUCUCCAGUAUAGUCACCACGGCUAUGGCUUCAACAUUGUUUUUGCUCUCCAUAGCUGUGGACAGAUAUAUUUCUAUAGCAUCGCCCCUCCGGUACACCAUUAUGAUGACGUCAUCUCGAGUGCACCGUGCUUCCAUUGCCAUAUGGCUAAUCUCAAUCUCAUUGUUUCUCGUCAUACCGCUAAUAUGGCACAACGAUUUUGAUGGGGGUACAAGAAAAGACUGCGACUUAUUAAAGAUGAACAAGAGGGAGUACCUGGCAUAUUUCGCCGUUCCUCAGUUCGUGUGUCUCGCUGCCGUUAUAGUUGGCUUGUACUGCAGGGUGUUCUACAUCGCUCACAGAAAUGGCAACAGACGCGUCGUCACCGAGACCCGUGCCAGACAAAGACUAAACAGCAACCUGAAGAUUUUCCAAAUGGCCGCCAUCAUCUUUGGCUUUUUUGGGCUAUGUUGGUUUCCCUCUCUCGUGUUAAUGGGAGUGUAUGUGUACAGUGAUACGGUCCCCAUGGACGUGUUGACUAAGGCCUACAAAUACGCCUCCAGUCUGGUUCUGGUAAACUCUGCUCUGAACCCUGCCAUAUAUACCUGGCAGUCAAAACGAAUCAGGAGAGCCUUCAAGAAGUUAUUGCACAUCAAGACAGAACGCUUCGCUAAUGGCAGUUCUGUCAGGGCGGGGCGAUAUGAAAGUCAAAGCCAUACUGAAUCCAGUAUAUCGUUAACGUUAAAUUCUCAACGUAGCAAGGCCAGGACAGCGCUUUAG